AUGCUCGGCAAGCUCGGAAUGAUGGGAAGUGACACCAUACUCGCCGUCGCAGCGGCCGUCGCCAUCGCUGCGCUGGUCCUCUGGCUCAUCGCGCGCCGCUCGUCGCCACAGUACCACAACCUCCCUCCUGGGCCUGGGCCGGCAGUGGCAAUACCGACCCAGUACCCGUGGCGCCACUUCCACGACCUGUCGCGCACGUACGGGCCCGUCGUGACGGUGUGGGCGAACGGCCGGCCAACAGUCAUUGUGAACAGCGUCGAUGCCGCCCUCUUCUUCAUGGAGAAGAACGCACGCGACACGGCCGACAGGCCGUCCAACCUCGUCGCGGACGAGAUCUUCAGCCACGGCAAGCGCACAUUGCUCGUCGGGCAUAACGAGCGCUGGCGCCGCCUCCGCCGCGCGCUCCACCACCCCUUGCAGCCGUCCUCGGCCCGCGACCUGCGCGACGUGCAGGAACGCCUCGCGAGCACCGUCGUCCGCGACCUGCUCCACAGCCCCGCCAGGUUCCAGGACCACAUCCAGACGUACGCAGCCAGCCUUGUCGUGUACAUGGCCUACGGGCGCCGCACGCCGGCGCGAUACAGUGACCCCGAUAUCAGGAAAGUCGUCGACGGCGGCAAGCACCUCGGCAUCCUCCUCCGCCCGGGCAACUAUGCCCUCUUCAACACCAACCGCUGGCUCCAGUACGUGCCUGGCACACUGAGGACCGUGCAUGCAUGGGCGGCGGAAGAGCUCGCGCUCUACCGCUCCCAGCUCGCCGACGUGCAGCGCCGCGUCGCGACCGACCCCACUUCGGUUGCGCCAUGCUUCGGGACAUACCUCCUGGAGAACAAGGCCAAGUUUGAGCUUGAGGAUGACGACAUUGCGUACCUCCUCGGCAGCGUCUUCGGAGCCGGAAGCGACACGUCGUCGAGCGCCAUCAGCAUUGUCGUCAUGGCGGCGGCGACGCACUUGGCAGAGCAGAAGGCAGUUCAGGCCGAGCUGGACCGCCUGUGCGGCUCGUCGCCCCCCACAUUCAACGACCUCCAGGAGGCGCACCUCCUCCAGGCGUUCAUCGCCGAGACGUUCCGCUGGCGGCCGGUCAGCUCGGGCGGGUUCGCCCACCAGACGACCGCGCAGGUGCAGUACAACGGCCUCAGUGUACCCGCCGGCACGAGCAUCAUGGGCAACCACUGGGGCAUCCACCGCGACGCCGAGUACUACGGCGCCGACGUCGAGGCGUUCCGCCCCUCGCGGUGGAUGAGGGAGGACGGCACCGAGUUCAACGAGAAGAUGAAGCACUUCCAGUUCGGCUUCGGCCGCCGUGUGUGCCCCGGCCAGCAUGUCGCCAACAACAGCGUGCUCAUCAACGCGGCACUCAUGCUCUGGGCGUUUGACAUCCGCCCGGAAGUCGACCCAAGUGGCAACGAGGUCCCGAUCGACACGUUGGCAUUCACGAACACGGCCAACUCGCACCCCCUCCCGUUCAAGGCCAGCUUCACGCCUCGCGUGGCAAACCUCGACGCCGUGCUCGGGCACGGGGAACAUUAA